AGAACCCAAAAAUACACGAGACAAGGGAAAAAAAGAAGAAAAGAUCCGAGGAGGCUUGAAGAUCAGCUUAGGGUUUGGAAGACAAGCGAAGAUGAUAGAGGUUGUGCUCAACGAUCGGCUCGGGAAGAAGGUCCGGGUCAAGUGCAACGAGGAUGACACCAUCGGCGACCUCAAGAAGCUGGUGGCGGCACAGACCGGCACCCGUUCCGAUAAGAUCCGCAUUCAGAAGUGGUACACCAUCUACAAGGACCACAUCACUCUCAAGGACUACGAAAUCCACGACGGCAUGGGCCUCGAGCUCUACUACAAUUGAAUUCCGCUACUCUUCCACUCUAUGGUAUCUCUCUCCUCUCUCUUAAUUGAUUUUCUGUUUGGUCAAUCUUUUUAGGCUAUGAAGUACUCCCUCUCCUUUAUCUAUGGUGGCG